AUGCUACUGGACGAAAACGAUCCUCUAGUAUCAUUGUUACAUGUCAUUCAACGGCGUUCUAAUCUCGAUAAAUCAAUUGAAAAUGACUCUAAACAAGCAAACGUUGACUACGAUACACAAUUGCAAAAUACUCCAUCAACGAAGUCAGUACCUUGCCGGAACUUUGCUGCGUUAGAGAAUAAGCGAUCACGAAAAAAGCCCAAACAAUUAAACACAUCGUUCUAUGCUAAUCAUCUUCCAAUUAAAUAUGGAUUUCAAAUACGUUCUCUAAUUGAAAAGAAUCUAAUACCAUCUUGGCGAUUCAGCAACGAUCAAAAAAAUCAAAUUAUCUAUAAAUCUUCGUCAAUAGAGAACAAUUUAUCUAUUUCGAUCUCAUCAAGAUCAAAACAAGUAAAAUUCUCUCAAUUACCAACAGUUGCUCGAAAAUCUCCUAAUCCGCCUCUACAACGUCAUUGGAUUAAUCCAUGGUUGAAUAGUAGACAGUUACGAGAACAUCAUAAACAACUGUCAUUACAUGCUCAAAGAGAUAUUCAUCUAUCAUCCAAGUCAAAUACAUCCAUCUCUAAUAGAGUCCUGCCAUCGAAUGUAAUGCCACAAAAGGAACGUCCAUGUGAUAAACAACGAUCGAAGAUAAGAAGACGGAAGCGAUGUGUUAAUUUCGAAGAACAUCUUCAGCGAUAUUAUUCAUCAAGAUGGUGUUUUAUUUCAACACGACGACUUCUAACCUAG